AAUAUUAGUUGUAUUAGACGUCAGUGUAAUUUGAGGUACAAAUCAUAGCACACGUGGACUUGAAUUGUAUUGAUUAAGUGAUUGUCAUCAGUAAAGACAUCAACUAAUAGAUCCACAAAAUGAGAUUCGCUAUCAAUAUUUGCAUAGUUGUUAUUUGGUGUCAUUUGAAUGUCAUCAGUGGUGAUGAAGCACUUCCUGAACUCAAAAUGCAAGUAUUGUCCAAACCGGAGGAAUGCAGUCGCAAAUCAGCCAAAGGAGAUAUGCUUACAAUGCAUUACAAGGGAACUCUUGAAGACGGAUCAGAGUUUGACUCGAGUUACACCCGUAACGAACCGUUUAAGUUUCAAUUAGGUAUCGGACAAGUGAUCAAAGGUUGGGAUCAGGGAUUGCUUGAUAUGUGUCCGACAGAGAAGAGAAAGCUUACGAUUCCGUCACACUUGGGUUACGGCGAUAGCGGUGCCGGCGAUCGCAUUCCUCCCAAAGCGACACUUAUUUUUGAAGUCGAGUGCAUUGCUGUCGGUGAUGGACCAACUCCUGUCAAUGUGUUUAAAGAAAUUGAUGCCAACGAUGAUAAUCUUCUUUCACGAGAAGAGGUGAGCUCAUAUCUGAAGAAACAAAUGCCCGAAGCGGCCAAAGCAGGUAUUAAGGAUUUGCCCGAACAGGACAAACUCGUCGAAGAAAUUUUUCAACACGAAGACCAAGACAAGAAUGGAUUCAUUUCACAUGAAGAGUUCAGUGGACCAAAACAUGACGAGUUAUAAUUGAAUGGAUUUAGUUUUAUGUAGAUUUAGUUAUAAAAUAUUUGUGAUAUUCAAUAAUUAAUGGGAUGUGAAGUGCCUUUAAUACGACUGUCUUUUUAAAAAGCAUUUGUUAGUAAUUUAUAUUUUGUUUAUUGGUCUCAGUUUCAAAAAUAACAAUUUUGGGUUUUUUCUUACCUGUAGAUAUUUAUAUGUGUGUCGAUAUUUUAGCAGCAUUACCUUGAUAAUUUAUAUUUCAUCAAAAUUUUAACUUAAUUUGUGUAAUUAUUAUAAUUUGAUUAAAUCAGAUUACGGUAAUAGUUAAAUAUAAUAUUUUAUUAUUAAUUAAUUAAACUACCGGUA